UAGUAAUAUUAUUAUUUUUGGUUGGUCCAUUUCAAACCUAAACUUUUUUUAUAAACAAAUCUCAACUUCACUCACUCCCUCUCUCGUCAUCCCUUUACUCCUCCCCCAUCAUUUUUCAAACCCAAUCACACUCCCAAAAACCAAAAAAAAAGGCACAGAUUCAACCUUGAAGCAUCCAUAACAAUGAUAGAAGAUGCAGCACGGGGACCACCACACGGCAUCCUACUAGCAGUAGUAGUCGUCUUGGUGGUUUCAGCACCCGCUUUACUCGGAGAUUGGGAAGCCAUUACUGAGUCAUUCUCCGAGUUACUGAGUCCACUCGGUCUCCUAUUCCUCCCCAUUCUUCUCCUCCUCAUCAUACAAUUCCUCAGCUCUGAUCGCGGCAACUUUUUCACCUCCAUCUUUACCGCCACCGGUGAACCUGACUCCAUCCACCGUGCUAGUGGUUCCCCCUUUGGUGUUGCUGCUGUCCUCUUACUCGUGCUCUUCCUCGUCUAUUAUCGUAUGUCCCUUUUCGGCGGGGAUGAUGAUUCUGAUGACUAACGGAUCUAACUGCCGUGACAUAUUACUAGCUACUAGCUAGAUCUGUCCAUCUUUUAUUUGUUUUUUGUAUUUAAUGUUGUAGGGAAACGGAAAAUAUAUAUAAGCCUGACACGGAAACGGGUGUUUAUAAUGAUACUCUUCUCUUCUGCUCAUGAAAAAUGUUUCCUUGAAAUAGUUUUGUACUAUUACUCAACUUGUUAUUGAGUUAUAAGCUUGAUUGUGUUUUGUUUUGUGUAUAAGUGAAAUUAGUGAUAGUCUAGUGGAGUUGUUCAUGUAUUAUGAUUUAUGCAAGAGACUUUUGGAAAGUUACUGGUA